CACCCAGCUCGGGGAGGAAGAUGGCGGCCUUUGGGAUUCUCAGUUACGAACACCGGCCGCUAAAGAGACCCCGACUGGGACCCCCCGACGUCUACCCGCAGGACGCAAAGCAGAAAGAGGUAACCAUGGGAGACAGGAGAGCAAAAUGGGGGUCAGAGGGGGGAGGGGGCAUUAUGGGUAAAUGGACAGGGUCUAACAUGGAAAUACACAGGGAGGACUGGGACACUGAGGGGCAUUGUGGGUAAAUGGACAGGGUCUAACAUGGAAAUACACAGGGAGGACUGGGACACUGAGGGGCAUUGUGGGUAAAUGGACAGGGUCUAACAUGGAAAUACACAGGGAGGACUGGGACACUGAGGGGCAUUAUGGGUAAAUGGCCAGGGUCUAACAUGGAAAUACACAGGGAGGACUGGGACACUGAGGGGCAUUAUGGGUAAAUGGCCAGGGUCUAACAUGGAAAUACACAGGGAGGAGUGGGACACUGAGGGGCAUUGUGGGUAAAUGGACAGGGUCUAACAUGGAAAUACACAGGGAGGACUGGGACACUGAGGGGCAUUAUGGGUAAAUGGACAGGGUCUAACAUGGAAAUACACAGGGAGGAGUGGGACACUGAGGGGCAUUAUGGGUAAAUGGACAGGGUCUAACAUGGAAAUACACAGGGAGGAGUGGGACACUGAGGGGCAUUAUGGGUAAAUGGACAGGGUCUAACAUGGAAAUACACAGGGAGGACUGGGACACUGAGGGGCAUUAUGGGUAAAUGGACAGGGUCUAACAUGGAAAUACACAGGGAGGAGUGGGACACUGAGGGGCAUUGUGGGUAAAUGGACAGGGUCUAACAUGGAAAUACACAGGGAGGAGUGGGACACUGAGGGGCAUUAUGGGUAAAUGGACAGGGUCUAACAUGGAAAUACACAGGGAGGACUGGGACACUGAGGGGCAUUAUGGGUAAAUGGACAGGGUCUAACAUGGAAAUACACAGGGAGGACUGGGACACUGAGGGGCAUUGUGGGUAAAUGGACAGGGUCUAACAUGGAAAUACACAGGGAGGAGUGGGACACUGAGGGGCCUUAUGGGUAAAUGGACAGGGUCUAACAUGGAAAUACACAGGGAGGAGUGGGACACUGAGGGGCAUUAUGGGUAAAUGGACAGGGUCUAACAUGGAAAUACACAGGGAGGACUGGGACACUGAGGGGCAUUGUGGGUAAAUGGACAGGGUCUAACAUGGAAAUACACAGGGAGGACUGGGACACUGAGGGGCAUUGUGGGUAAAUGGACAGGGUCUAACAUGGAAAUACACAGGGAGGAGUGGGACACUGAGGGGCCUUAUGGGUAAAUGGACAGGGUCUAACAUGGAAAUACACAGGGAGGAGUGGGACACUGAGGGGCAUUAUGGGUAAAUGGACAGGGUCUAACAUGGAAAUACACAGGGAGGACUGGGACACUGAGGGGCAUUGUGGGUAAAUGGACAGGGUCUAACAUGGAAAUACACAGGGAGGACUGGGACACUGAGGGGCAUUGUGGGUAAAUGGCCAGGGUCUAACAUGGAAAUACACAGGGAGGAGUGGGACACUGAGGGGCAUUAUGGGUAAAUGGCCAGGGUCUAACAUGGAAAUACACAGGGAGGAGUGGGACACUGAGGGGCAUUAUGGGUAAAUGGACAGGGUCUAACAUGGAAAUACACAGGGAGGACUGGGACACUGAGGGGCAUUGUGGGUAAAUGGACAGGGUCUAACAUGGAAAUACACAGGGAGGAGUGGGACACUGAGGGGCAUUAUGGGUAAAUGGCCAGGGUCUAACAUGGAAAUACACAGGGAGGACUGGGACACUGAGGGGCAUUAUGGGUAAAUGGCCAGGGUCUAACAUGGAAAUACACAGGGAGGAGUGGGACACUGAGGGGCAUUAUGGGUAAAUGGACAGGGUCUAACAUGGAAAUACACAGGGAGGACUGGGACACUGAGGGGCAUUGUGGGUAAAUGGCCAGGGUCUAACAUGGAAAUACACAGGGAGGAGUGGGACACUGAGGGGCAUUGUGGGUAAUGGCCAGGGUCUAACAUGGAAAUACACAGGGAGGACUGGGACACUGAGGGGCAUUAUGGGUACAUGGCCAGGGUCUAACAUGGAAAUACACAGGGAGGACUGGGACACUGAGGGGCAUUAUGGGUACAUGGCCAGGGUCUAACAUGGAAAUACACAGGGAGGACUGGGACACUGAGGGGCAUUAUGGGUACAUGGCCAGGGUCUAACAUGGAAAUACCCAGGGAGGACUGGGACACUGAGGGGCAUUAUGGGUACAUGGCCAGGGUCUAACAUGGAAAUACACAGGGAGGACUGGGACACUGAGGGGCAUUGUGGGUACAUGGCCAGGGUCUAACAUGGAAAUACACAGGGAGGAGUGGGACACUGAGGGGCAUUAUGGGUAAAUGGACAGGGUCUAACAUGGAAAUACACAGGGAGGAGUGGGACACUGAGGGGCAUUGUGGGUAAAUGGCCAGGGUCUAACAUGGAAAUACACAGGGAGGACAGGGGCAUUAUGGGUAAAUGGACAGGGUCUAACAUGGAAAUACACAGGGAGGACUGGGACACUGAGGGGCAUUGUGGGUAAAUGGCCAGGGUCUAACAUGGAAAUACACAGGGAGGACUGGGACACUGAGGGGCAUUGUGGGUAAAUGGCCAGGGUCUAACAUGGAAAUACACAGGGAGGAGUGGGACACUGAGGGGCAUUGUGGGUAAAUGGCCAGGGUCUAACAUGGAAAUACACAGGGAGGACUGGGACACUGAGGGGCAUUGUGGGUAAAUGGCCAGGGUCUAACAUGGAAAUACACAGGGAGGACUGGGACACUGAACAUGGGUAAAUACUAACAUGGGGAGGACUGGGACACUGAGGGGCAUUAUGGGUAAAUGGCCAGGGUCUAACAUGGAAAUACACAGGGAGGACUGGGACACUGAGGGGCAUUAUGGGUAAAUGGCCAGGGUCUAACAUGGAAAUACACAGGGAGGACUGGGACACUGAGGGGCAUUAUGGGUAAAUGGCCAGGGUCUAACAUGGAAAUACACAGGGAGGACUGGGACACUGAGGGGCAUUAUGGGUAAAUGGCAAGGGUCUAACAUGGAAAUACACAGGGAGGAGUGGGACACUGAGGGGCAUUAUGGGUAAAUGGACAGGGUCUAACAUGGAAAUACACAGGGAGGAGUGGGACACUGAGGGGCAUUAUGGGUAAAUGGACAGGGUCUAACAUGGAAAUACACAGGGAGGACUAGGACACUGAGGGGCAUUGUGGGUAAAUGGCCAGGGUCUAACAUGGAAAUACACAGGGAGGACAGGGGCAUUAUGGGUAAAUGGACAGGGUCUAACAUGGAAAUACACAGGGCGGACUGGGACACUGAGGGGCAUUGUGGGUAAAUGGCCAGGGUCUAACAUGGAAAUACACAGGGAGGACUGGGACACUGAGGGGCAUUAUGGGUAAAUGGACAGGGUCUAACAUGGAAAUACACAGGGAGGACUGGGACACUGAGGGGCAUUAUGGGUAAAUGGACAGGGUCUAACAUGGAAAUACACAGGGAGGAGUGGGACACUGAGGGGCAUUGUGGGUAAAUGGCCAGGGUCUAACAUGGAAAUACACAGGGAGGACUGGGACACUGAGGGGCGUUAUGGGUAAAUGGCCAGGGUCUAACAUGGAAAUACACAGGGAGGAGUGGGACACUGAGGGGCAUUAUGGGUAAAUGGACAGGGUCUAACAUGGAAAUACACAGAGAAGACUGGACUUUAUCUACACAGGGACGCUGAGAGGCAGUAUGGGUAAAUGUACAGGUCCUAACAAGUAGGUGAACAGGCAAGACUAGGCUUUAUGUGGACUGGGACACUCAAGGGGGGGGAUGAUGAAAAGGGGGAGAAAGACCAAACCAUGGUGGGAAAUUAACAUAGGGAAAGGGUGACUGGGAUAUAGAAUACAUGGAGGGUAAAUGAUUGCUGAAAUCCCUGACGGGGCAGACCAUUAAUUUAAUGUUUCUCUAUAAUAUGGUCAAAUUGCUAUUGUAGAAUGCAAAGGUUAUUCAUUUAAGCUUAAUUUAUUGGUGGGGUUAUACCUAUCUUACAAUGCCAAAUUGCCAUAAAGGAGCUUGGUUGGCAGGAUGAGGUCCAGCACCUGAGGGGUCAAAUAUAGCAAUGGUUAUAUACCUGACAGAGGAGGUGUUAAAUAUCUGAGGUGCAGGUCUGAUUGGUAGGAUGAGGUCCAGCAUCUGAGGGGUCACAUUUAGCAAUGGUCAUAUAUUGACAGAUAAGGUUAAAUAUCAGAGGUGCAGGUCUGACAAUGGGGACUUUAAAUGUGUGUUGUGUGUCUCUGAUAGGGGAGGAUAUAUGUGCUUCCUUCAAGAAAGGGGCUAAAUGUAGACAGGGUUAAAGGGCAAUUCAAUCACUCUACCAAAGAAUUGGGAAUUGGCUAACCUUAUAUUGAAAUAAAAUACAACAUAGUAUAAUCCAAUAAUGUAAAUUAGAAUGUGAUUGAUGAAAUAAAACUCAUAAGAUUGUGGUAAACAGCUUCACAUGGUGCCUCCUCCAAUUCAGUCCUGGCAGGAAGGUGUUAACACAAUGGAUCAGACUCUGGGAGGGAAGGGGUUAAAUGUUAGAGGAUCUGUGUGUCUGUCAGGGAAUGAGUGAGCAGCAAAGUGGCUUGUCUCUGACAUGAAAGGGGAUAUAUGUUGGUUCUCUCUGCCAUACUGGAGGCUAAAUGUGAAUGGGUCUGUCAGGCUGGACUUACAGUUAAAUCUGUAGUGUACCUUUCCUGUCAACAAGGGGUUUAAAUGUCAGCUUGCAAUGGAAAGUCGAUACAUUUUAAAUGUGGAUUGGGGCCUUGGGUUAUACCACUUUCUGGUCCUUGAUUAAUAGGUGGCACAGUGGUAAGACUCGCGCAUUGUACAAUAUACUCUAAAACAACAUCUGAGUUACUCUGUGCAAAUUCAUUUGGGGCCGCAGGUUGUGGUAAGUGCAGGCCAUUUUGUAUUGUAGUGUAGACACGGACUAAAUCACAUUUUCUGUCCCAUACAAUGCUCUAAUAGGCAAGAGGAAAAGCGUAGGACGUGGAUAGGUUGGUUUUGAGUAUUCUAUUCAUUGGAUUGUUACUCUUUAUGGUUUUAAGCCAAACUAGGUAGGAUAUUUGGUAUUGGCAGGUCUGGGGUUUACAUACCGCUGAACAUAAGUCUUACCAACAACCAAUGUUAAAAAGCUAUCUGCAAUUCACAGAAUAGCAACACAACAAAAAAAAACCCAAAAAAUGUGGCUAUUAUCUAUCACCAUCCACACAGUAGCAAAAUGUUUAUUAUUUCCAUACAUUAAAUGUGCUACUUACCUAACCAGUUUGUUGUUUAAAUAAACAUGGAAAUACCUUUUAAUAUUGUUGACUGACAUAAAUUUUACAAAAUGUUUUUUAAAUCUUAGUAAAUAGAUUGGUGGCUGAACAUGCUGGGGUUAGUGGUAAUAUAGAAUGAACGAUAAGUAGGGAGAAUAGAACACAUUGCUAAUUAGAAUGUGUCAGAGGCCCUCUCUUUAAAAAAAGGCUGAUCAAUUUAUAGAUUUUUUUUUUUUUUUUUCCCACUUCUGAAUACUGUUUAAGAACAGUAACUGGGGAUGGUGAGACUUGAGUCUGACUUUAAAACAGUCUUGCUGUAUCCUGGAUGAAUGAGAGGAAUAGUACAUUUGUAUUUCUAAAUUGUCUGUCUAUGCUGCGGAACUGCACUGUGGAUAUGCAAACCAUACUUAAAUAAAUGCAAACAAGAUGUGAUAAAGGCCCUGUUCGCUGGAAUGGACAACCCAUAUGAAGGAAUUGUUGUGGUGCUUAGGGAGGGUAGGGCACGCUGUAGAUGUUAGGGGUUUAUAGCUAUAGACUCCAUUAAUGUUUAGUUUGUGUCUGGAGUGUCCCUUUAAGUGUGAAUAAAAUAUUAAAGAGACACUUCACGCACCAUAGCCCCUACAGUCUACUAUAGUGAUUAUGCUGUCCGGCACUGUAGCCGUAGACACAGGGCAGGAACCAGCUUCGUCAUCAAACCGCUGUAAAACAGUUUGAAAUUACUUUGGCUGUGCGCCAGGGAACUCCUAGAACCAUAACUACUACAGCACUCUUUAGUGGUCACUGUGUUUGGGGAAAAAAGCGCAAAUAUAUAUUUGCCAUUUAGAUUCAAGUAAGUGGAAUAGCUGUUGGCAUAUUGUUCAGAUCUCCCCCAAACCGUUUCGCUUGCUAUUUUGAGUUUUUGAUCCUUUUUAAUCACUGUAAACGAUUUCCCUGCAUUCACCUGUGUUCAUUCGGUUGUGUCCUCUCCCUGCUCUUUAACUACCUUUGAAUGUUUCGUUUUAAUUAUGUGUUCGGGAAAUGUUUUUCGUUCUACCGAACAGAGACCACCCUGGGUAGCAAUCAGAAUUUGGAACACCGAGUAACCACUCGAAAAACCGCAACUUAAUUGAGUGCUUCUAGGUGGCCGCCAUUCGGCAUACGAACACGUGAUGAGAACAAAGGAUGGCGGCCAUCUUAAAUCUUCAGAAUGCGGUCAGCGGGACUUACUCGUGGGUUGCCUGGAACUGUUUUUGGCAUGGCAAUCACACGAACGUCCGGUCAUUAUGGAAGUCCCGUCUGACCUAUUUCCACCCAUAGUAUCAAACCGGCGUUCGGGAGUUUUAAGCUGCAACAUACCUAUGGUAGUUUUCAUGUAAUUCUGCGCGAACAGAGACCAGCUAUUGCUACUGAUUUCAUGGAAAUCUAAAUCGGAUACCACCACAUGGUGAGCCGGUCAAACUUCCACACAAUGCGACACGGAAACUACCGAACUGAUUUUCGUGAAAUUUGGAUGUGUGACUCCCAGUAUCCUCAGCUACCCAGGGAUAUGGUUUAUAUAUUUCUCUGUUAUGCAUAAAGUAUUUUUCUUAAAAUGUUGAAAAUUGUAAUGGCCAGCAGAUAAUUGAGUUUAGUAUGUUGCUGAAACUCAAUUAUCUAGCCUGGCCUAGAGGAGGAGUCUGUUACUGUAUACAUUGAAUGCCUGUUGCUUCCAGUAAAUCAGUCUUGUUCCAGCAUUAAGCUUUGGCUCAUGUGUGGAUACCAGCGAUUUAUUACUCUGUGGAUUACUGGGUGAUUUUAUUUUGAUGGGAAGAAGGGAAUACUGGACGGUGAUACAGUUUACUACCGUCACAAUCACAGUUUCCCAAAAUUUACAGUUGUCUUUCCACACAAUUUUAACCAUUGAUUUCCUAAUAUUACAAUCUUCUUUAACACCUUAAGGACCAAACUUCUGGAAUAAAAGGGAAUCAUGACAUGUCAGACAUGUCAUGUGUCCUUAAGGGGUUAAAUUCCCUAACAGUGGUAUUCAGCAACGUCCUCAUUUAUCAUUUAAAAGCGCUUUUGUUAUAGCUAUGAACUCUUAUCAAUUAGACCUUGCCUUUACAUAGGAAAUCUAAAUAAAGGUUUUGAACAGGGACUUUAUCAAGAUGAUAUACCAUAUUUUAUUAGUCACUACAUACCUAUACUUUCCACUGAUAGAAACAUUACAAGAUCUAACUAGGUGGCGGUGUACCUACAGCUGUGGAAUAAGGCUAGAACAUUCUGUUUUUCUGUUUUUCCAUCAUGGAAAUAUUUCCUUUACAUGGUUCAAAAUAUUAUAUUAUGGUACUUCUAAAUGUGUGAAAGCCCAUGUGUGAUCUGCAAAAAAUUUUUUUGCCAGUCGAGCAUUGGUGAUUUGCAGGUGAAACUUAUUUAUGAACAUUACAUUAUUUGUAACAUUGGAGGGUUUUAUUGGAAAUGUUAAUUAUUGGACCCCCUGCUCUCUAUUAAAUAAAACAUUAACAUACAUCAAAAUUGUGAACUCCAGGUGUCAUUUGAUGACUGGGGCUCCUCUCUUUCAUUGGGUCCAGAAUUUGCAGCUCCAGACUGACCGAUGCCCUGUUCACUGCGCUUCAAACAACUAUCUAUUUAUAUAGAUAUUUAAGUCCCCACUGCUACAAUGCAGUGUGAGCAGGGCUAAAUCCCUGCAAACACCUAGGAGUCGAAGGUAUCAAUUGAUACCUGGGGCUCCCCUGUGUCAGCUGGGGCUAUUUUUAGUGGCUCCAGACUUUUUGAUAAGCUGCAUUCAGCAUGGCAUGCAGCCUCUUCUAUAGGCAUGUAAAUGUUUAUAGCUAAGGUUACCAUAUCCACCAUGUCUUCAGCGACACGUAAUUUUGUCAUAUUUUGAAAAUGCAUGAAGAGGGCUGACCAUACCAGUAUGUAAAAUGCAUUCUGCAGGAUUCUUUAUUGUAUAAUUACUUGAUCUGAUACACCUCUUUUGAAUUCUACAUACUACAGGGCAACCCUUUCGAUGUGCUGCCCAUCAAUAUGUAUACGUGAUCUGUGUCCCUGAAAACAUGGUGGAUAUGGAACCCUAGCUAGAUCUUGGUGUGUGGACGUUUAAACCCUGCUCAUACCAGGGAGUCGUAGGUAUCAUUAGAUACCUGGGGUCUCCAUUAACAGCUGAGGCCCUUUUUAGUGACCCCAGACUGUCAAGCUCCAUGCUGAGCACCAAGUGAAUUUGGCAUAUAGCACUUUCAAUGAGGAUUUGUAGCAAAGUAAUUUGAGCAGGGUUAAAUACCUGCUUACAUAAGGAAGACCUCCCCUCGGUCAGCUGGGGCCAUUUUAAUGAGCUGCAUUCAGUGAUGAAACCCAGCACUGAAUACAGGUAUUUAACUAAAUCUAGAACACCAUGGUUGAGUAAUCUAGCUCAGCCACAGUGAUUCCUUUAGUGGAUCUGGUGCCUGGGACACCGCCAGGGUCUCCUUCCUUCCCUAAUACCAAUUUUCUUUUAUUUAAAAAAAAUGAUAAAUGCUUUUUGCUAGCUGCCCAGCACCGUCACAAUGCAUUGGACAUGCUAUUUUCAGGAAGACAAACAUCUGCCUUUCAUGCAGGGUUCAGAUUAGGGCCUGCUAGAGAAUUCCUCUUCUGACAUCAGCAGGGAAUCAUUUGAACAUUAUUGCUAGGGGUUGGGAUUGAGAUUAUAAUUAUGGUUAGGCAUAGGAUUAUGGUAUGGGUUAAGAUUGAGGUGAGGUUAGAGUUAGAAUUAUAUUUGGAAUUAGGAUUUGGUUUAGAAUUAGGGUUUGUUUUAUGUUUAAGGUUUUAGAUUGGGUUUAAGAUUACUUUGCAACAGAUGUAUUUAUGAGAUGUUGCUCAAUACAGUGGGACACAUAAGAUUUAAAAUUAUCAUAAAAAAUACGUUUGUGUAAAAAUUGAAAGAAUAAAAAUUGGAACCAGAACAUUUGAAGAAAAGAAAAAAAACAGUGAAAAAAUUGCAACUUAAUAAAGCUCAAAAUAUAUCAAGUGAGAGUCCCCAUGGUGACCAUUUUUGGAAACUAAUAUGCAUUUGGUGAUUAUUUGAAAUCCGUGGGCUACCAAAAUGCCCCAAAAAACUCACCAUGUAUCAAUUUUUAGUUUGCCAUUUUUUGAAGAAAUGCCUUCUUAAACUUUGAAAAAAGAUUGAUGCUAAAAUGGCUGUAUAAUUAGGCUCAAAAUAUACUGUGUAUUUUCAGUGAAGGGAACUGCACUCCUAAAUAAUCCAAACUACCUCAAUGGUGCUCCAAGCCUAGGGUCGCCCCCAACCCCAAGUAACAGGAUUCCAGCAAAUCAAAGAAAGCCCAGGCACUCAGUGAAGUGAAUUUAACUUUUUAAUCACCAUCUGUGACCUUUAUCAUGCCAUCACUAAAUAGAAAGUCACUUGACCUGAGGAAUUCUGAGUGAUCAGACAAAACCUGUUGGUUUAGCUAUGUGGACUAUCUGACACUACAUAGUAGAGUGGUUCCAUACAGGGAAGUAUCCUGCGUUCAGCGAUUCCCUGGAGUGGUUUAGUGGGCGCUUUUGGACAAGCAAGUAUAUCUGGGCACCUUAAAUAAUAACUAGCAGGAACAGGGGAAUUAACAGACCCAGACAGGAGUGGUGGAUAUUCUGAUUAAUACACAAUUUACAUACAAGGACUCUGGGUGAUUUUAAUACAAGGUCUGUAAAUGUGAAUAUUUUGCGCAUACAAAGAGUUCUGUGUGUAGUCUGCAACAGAUGAUAUUUUACUAUAUGUACUCUUUUAUUUUAAAGGGACUGCUCAAUGAAGCAGUUUGGUGUAUAGGUCAUGCCCCUGCAAGCUUACUGAUCAAUUAGAGUUAAAUCACAUUGUUUAUACAGCCAUAGUCACACCUCCCUGCAUGUUAAGUGCACAGCCUUACUAAACACUUCCUGUAAAGAGAGAUCUAAUGUUUAAACUUCCUUUAUUGCAGUCUGUUUAAUUUAUUUUCUCCAGCUUUGUUAAUAGCCUUUCUACACCCAGCUGGAACCUCCUGUGUGUGAUUAAAGUUUACUUUACAGAGCAGGAGAUAAAAACUUCUAAAGCAAGUUAACUUCGGAGAACAACCAUUUUUCCAUGCAGGCUGUGUAAGUCACUGCCAGGGGAGGUUUGGCUAGUGCUACAUAAACAGAAACAAAAGUGAUUUAAAACCUGAGACUGCAUUAGUCUGAUCAAAAACUGAAUAAUUACCGUAUUUUUCGCUCCAUAAGACGCACUUUUUUCCCCCUCAAAAGUGAGGGGAAAUGUCUGUGCGUCUUAUGGAGCGAAUGUGAAGAAUUACUUACCUGUCUUGGAGCGUGGGCCGGCUUCACAGCGCGCUCCACGGCCAGGAACUUCUAUUUCAGGUUCCGGUUUCCGGCGGGACUGAAAGGAAGUGCACACUCAGUGUGCACACUUCCUUUCAGUCCCGCCGGAAACCGGAACCUGAAAUAGAAGUUCCUGGACCGCGGAGCGCGCUGUGAAGCCGGCCCACGCUCCAAGACAGGUAAGUAAUUAUGGGACAAGGGGAGGGGGAGACACUAUGGGACAAGGGGAAUGGGACACUAUGGGAGAAAGGGAGGGGAGGAGACUAUGGGACAAGGGGAGGGAAGGAGACACUAUGGGACAAGGGGAGGGGGGGAGACACUAUGGGACAAGGGGAGGGGGACACUAUGGGAGAAAGGGAGGGGAGACACUAUGGGAGAAGGGGAGGGGAGGAGACACUAUGAGACAAGGGGAGGGGAGGAGACACUAUGGGACAAGGGGAGGGGGACACUAUGGGAGAAAGGGAGGGGAGACACUAUGGGACAAGGGGAGGGGGGGACACUAUGGGACAAGGGCAGGGGGGGACACUAUGGGACAAGGGCAGGGGGGGACACUAUGGGAGGGAAAGUGCACUAUGGGACAAUGGGAGGGGGGACACUAUGGGAUCAGAACACUAAUGGACAAGGGGAGGAGGAGUUAAAGAACACUAUGGGACAGGGUAGGAGGGGUUAACAAUCACUAUGGGACAGGGUAGGAGGGGUUAACAAUCACUGUGGGACAGAGGAAAGGGGGGUUAAAGAUCAUUAUGGGACAGGGGAGAAAAAAAAAUAUUCUGAACAAACUGUCCCAUAGUAAGAAACACUAUGGAACAGUUUGUUCAGAAUAUUUUUUUUUCUGGGUUUCCUCCUCUAAAAACUAGGUGCGUCUUAUGGUGAGGUGCGUCUUAUGCAGCGAAAAAUACGGUAAGCAAAAGUUGUUUUUGUGACUAUUGUGUCUCUUUAAGGGAAGAUUUUGUGGAAAAUAAAAUACUUGUCUUUUAUGCAAUUAAGUGUCAUGAUCAGCCUGUUGACUGUUUAAUUUUAUGAACAGAAGAGUACAUAGUGAACGCACAUUUGCAUUCAGGCAGAAGAGGAAGUGUGGCAUCUUCCAUUGUCGUGUAAGACUGAAGGUGCAGACUUAUUGCAAUAAUUUUAUUUAUUUAAUUAAGUGCAUUUAAUUGUUGUUUUUUUUUGCAGGUUAUUGUAGUUGUAAGCAGCUGUGUGUAGGGACAUAGAGAUUAAGACCUCCCUGCGUCAUACCUUUUGCAAUAAGCAUACAUUUCUAUGGUUCUUUGAGGAUUCAUUGUAACACUGGCUUACUGUAGUUGUUGCAAUACAUUGAGUCUGUGUGUGCUGUCCUUCUGGUUGUUGAUCAGUUUUCCAGUAAUUGUGGCAAAAAAAAAAAUUAAAUAAAGGAGCCGUUACUGCCAAAACUCCACCCUUACCAGGGAAUGUCAGUCUAACUUACUCAUUAUGGAGUUCCUGUCUGCAAAAAAAGCUAUUCAGUAUGACUGGGCGUGCAGUGUACAAAAAAUAUAUAAUUUUUUCAGUGCCCUCCCUACAAAACAGUACGUAAUCUAGCUAAUGUUACUGGCUAUAAAUCAUUGAUUUAUGUGCAUGGUAGGGGUUUGUGGAAGUAGUAGUUUAAUUGUCUGCUUUCUUUGGUUGUAAAUGGGGGAGGAUGUCACUUUACUAAUACCCAGAAACACAUCAGCCUUUGUUCUCUAAAUAAAUUACUUCUGCCAAUCAGCGUUUGGCAUAGAUCUGCUCUGAUUUGAUUGUCCCCAUGAUACAUACAGACAGUGAUUAAACCCAUCACACGCAUAUACAGGCAAAGAUUACAUUGUGGCUUGUAUAAGAUUAAGGACACAUGAGCAACCUGUAUUUGGGAUUAGGACCUAUCUUGUUGGAAUACAUUGAGCAGCUGGAAGUCGAAGGCCUUGUUUGAAAUCUCUGCACUUGUGACAAUAAAUAGCAAAAUUAGGCUCUGUGCAGCUCUUUGCUUCUGAAUUGGUAUAAUUUCUUGUGGAAUUCCAUUACUUCCAUUUACUUUUCCAGUAGCUCCUGUAUGGCAAUUCUGAGUGAUGCAAUCCUUGCUCUAGGGUAGGUAAGAGAUGGAUCGUAGGCAUUUUGGGUCUGUUCCAUUUAUAGUAUGUGUGAUUCAAGAAGAAACAAUGUCCACAUGUUGCUUCAGGUGUGACCGUCAUUGGUAUAAUAAGGGAGCCAAAAACAGAAAAAGUAAAGUAGUCCAGUAUGGACUGUAUGGCUAUAUCCGUAUAUAUACACACUCCCAUCUGCCAGAACUUCUUGAGCUCAGGUAUCCUAGUAUUGAGCAGAACAAUUCCUGCUCCGGUGUGUUUAUCUUCAGUAAUAGUACAGACUGGGUGUCUUCAGGAGUAUUGCAGGCAGCUAUAGUGAACACUGUAAAUAGAUCUUAUAUAAAGAGAUUAGGUACCACUUACAGCGUCCAGAGAACUAUAAUGUUCAAAUUGACUUGCACAGGUGGUGCCACCCCCACCAGGGAUAUAGGUGGUGUGCGGCGUCCCAAGGUCAGCAGGAGACAACGGUCAGGAUAAUAAAAUCCAAACUGAAUGGCACAUUAAUGCUAUUCAAUAAUGAAUGCAGUACUGGCUGCGGGAUUCACUUGACAGUGAUUUACAUUAUCACGGUUUACAAAUAGUUUGCAGCAAUGAAUGAUAUACUGGCUGGUUAUUACUCUUAAGUUGAGGAAGGGUAUGGUAGCCACUGAGAAAUAACGUUCAUUGCUUGCAGUACAUGAGAUAUUACAACUGUGAGGCACAUGUUCUUUAAUGAAGCCAUUUUAUGUAGAUCAGGUUGUUGGUUGUAGUUCCCAUUAGUUUUCUGUGCUAAACUCCUGAGAUAGAAUUUGGGGCAACUGUAGCCAAAGUAUCUCUCAGUACUACAAGCUAGCUGUGCUCAGUCCUGUUACUAGUGCAUAGUGUGAGGCAGAUCGAUAUAAAGCCUUCAUCUCUCAUACCCUGCCAGACAUAGUUCUUGUUAAAUUUAUUAAACCAACACUCCAAUCAUGUUAAGAAGCAGCACUACAUUAAGAUGACACUCUGUAUGAGACCUCUUUGUUGCUUUCAACAUUAUUAGAAUAAUAGUAUAUGAAUGAGGCCCAUUCCGUAUGCUAAUUCUGUCUGUAACAAGCUUAGAAAGCUUUCAAGCCAGUUCAUUUAGAAUUGAGCUGAUGUGACUGAUUUCUCAUUUUUCUGGGCUAGGCAGAGGUAACUUUGAUCUUUGUGUAAUGAAUAGCUCAAGAUAAAAAAAUUCAGCUACAUCUUGACCCAUCUCUGUGCUUUCUGAACUCCUUUUGUUUAUAACCACGAUGUAUAGUGUCUCUCUCGUGCAAGGCUAUGGGUUGAAUCCAGGAGAUAUUCAUUUUUCCCCCUCUGUUUAUUUAGGAUGAACUAACAGCAUUGAAUGUGAAACAAGGAUUCAACAAUCAACCAGCCGUAUCAGGAGAUGAACAUGGCAGCGCCAAAAAUGUUAACUUUAACCCUGCCAAGGUAAAUCACCUUUUCCCAUAACCCAGCAAAUGACCGCUCUGCCUUCCAAUGGCCACCAUGUACACACCUUUCCUCAUCCCAUGUGCGUUUUGUUCACUGGUCCCCAAGAUUUGCAGCCUAAUUUUUUAUUUUUCCUGCUACUCACUUGGUUCAUUUCUACCCCUUCCCCACAACCACAGAUCAGUUCGAACUUCAGCAAUAUCAUGGCAGAAAAGUUGCGAUGCAACACUCUGCCAGAUACUGGUCGCAGGAAACCACAGGUUAACCAGAAGGAUAACUUUUGGCUCGUGACUGCUCGCUCGCAGAGCUCCAUCAAUAACUGGUUUACUGACCUGGCAGGAACCAAGCCUCUGACUCACCUCGCCAAGAAGGUAAGUGUUCACAGUACUUUAUCCUGCUCUGUCUGUCUGUGAUUGUAUAAAGGGAUGUUUGUGUAUGCACCCGAUGACUUUCGUCUGUGUGAUGUAUGUGGCAGUGAUGCUGUAUUUAGGAUUUGUAGAUAUUAUUUAAAUGUGUGUUAUAUGGUAUUGUAGGUGCUGGUAUUGGACGUGUGUGAAUGCUUCAUAGUGAUAUUUCAAUGCACUAGAAUACAACUCUUUAUUUGGUGUUGUGCUAUCGUAUGUCUAUGCCCAUUUCACCCACUCUUUGUAUGGUUACUGUAUGUGAACUGUGUUUUUAUAGGAAUGUAAAUAUGUGUUUACGCUUAAAUAACCUGUUUUUCUGCGAUGAUCAGGUGCCCAUAUUCGGCAAGAAGGAGGAAGUGUUUGGUUUCCUAGCACGUUACUCUGUGCCUGUGAUGAGAGCAGCCUGGCUCAUUAAGAUGACCUGUGCCUAUUAUGCAGCCAUUACAGAAACCAAAGUAAAGAAAAGACAUGUCAUGGAUCCUUUCAUAGGUAUUGAUUACUCAAUUUCUAAGGGCCCAGGUUGCACCGUGAGUGCUACAAGUAGGAUUUCAGUGGAUUGAGUCAUUCAUUUAUUUGCUCUCUGCAGAAUGGACACAGAUUAUCACCCGGUACCUGUGGGAACAAUUACAGAAAAUUGCUGAGUAUUACCGUCAGAUUUCUGGAGGCUGUGUCUCUACUCCUGGGCCAAUGCCACCAGAGAUAGAACUGGCACUAAAGCAGUGGGAAUAUAACGAGAAACUUGCCAUGUUUAUGUUCCAGGUGAGUGACUGCAUUUCUGGUCACUGUGUGUUGUGCUUAACAUUCCCCACCUCAUGUGAAUUCUGGGAAUCCUUCUUCCAGCCUUGUGUGUAUUAAAAUGAGAUUAUGGCUGUCAAAGAUUUGAAGAUACACUACAAAUUGAAAAUAGAGCUAACAGAAUACAAUUGAUUAUUAUUUUAUUAUUUAUAUAGCGCCAUCAGAUUCCGUUGCGCUAUACAAUGGGAUAACAUGGCAGAUCCAGGACAUUGCAUUAUGCUUUCUGUUCGCAGCGUGCACAGACAGACACAGGCAUAAAAAUCAAUGCACGGGAAUAAAAUGUGCACUGAAAGUCACGUGUGCUGGGAGUGCAAACAGUGGUGAUUGGUGACUUUUUAAGUUGGUGGGGCGCCAGACUUGACACAGUCGAAUACACAUGUAUUCGAAACUGUCCAUAAAUAUUGUUAAUCAAGAAUAGGAAUAAGUCUACAUACCUCCAAAUACGUGGACGAUACCAUAUAUAAAACUUAUAGAUAUAUUCUUAUUAAUGAGUAAAAUAAAUAGUCUCUUUUAGGCCAAACGAAAAUUUAAACUGCAAUACAGAGUAAAGCCACAAGAUGCCGCUAAAGGAUAUUACUUUAAUAAUAAUAAUAAUUAUUAUUAUUAUUGCCAUUUAUAUAGCGCCAACAGAUUCCGUAGCGCUUUACAAUAUUAUGAGAGGGGGAUUUAACUAUAAAUAGGACAAUUACAAAAAACUUACGGGAACAAUAGGUUGAAGAGGACCCUGCUCAAUCGAGCUUACAUUCUAUAUUUUAACAAAUAUUUAACAGUAAAUUUAAAAAUUGAUUUAAUAGGAAAAAAACAUACAUUGAAGCAGAUGUAUUUGCAUUAAAAUUUUUAGUUAUGAAAUAUUCUCAUGAGGAGAUUAUCCUCAGGAAAAGAAUGUAUAACUGAAGUAAAAUUAUAUUAACUUUAAAAUAUAUAUAAAAUAAAAAAAGCAUUUUUCCCAGUGGCCAAGCUGCUUUAGUGACAGGCACCCACUAUUGGAGUCACUAUUGUGCCUUUUUGGGGGUGUCAGGAGAGCUGGGGAGUGAACCCGGCAGCCGUUUUAUGCGGUGGUAAAGCGUUGCCUGCUGCUAGUUUUAGUAAUCAAAAUACAGCUAAGGAGGGAACCAGGAACAAUGUGAGCACGGCAGCAGGCACCUGGUGUUACGAUGCCUGCCGCUAGGUUUGAUAAUCAAAAUGCAGCUGAGGGGAGAGCCGGGAACACUGUGAGCACAGUGACAGGCAUCCAGUGUUAAAGCAGUGCCUGCUGACAGUAUUCCUGAGCACAGUGCAGUGUCAAUACAGUGCAGUGUAGUCAGGCUGGUAGUCUGGCAUGUUUACUAAGCCUGUUUUGUUGUCCCACCGAUUUGGCGCCCUUAUGAGUUCCAUUAGGGAACAAUAGGGGGCUGCCGGGCAGCCAGUGACGGUCGGUGAAAUAGAGUACUUUACCCUAAUAACAACAGAGGGAACUACAGUAACAAUAUUUAAAGUGACAGAACACAUUUUUAUCACACACAUGUUUUAAAAAUGCUUGUUUAAAAAUAUAGUUUAUUUUCAAUAAAAAAAAUAAAAUUCUGCAAGAAAAUCUAGUGGGCCGCUGCCUCUAUGGAUAAGCAUUUACUGGGUGCAACUAGCCCCAGCUCACAAUUAAAAAUAUCUCAGUUUGUGCAGUGUUUGAAGCGGAAACACUGCACCUCCAAAUUCCUACCUCUAAGACAAUUUCAAAUAACUGAAGUGGUCUUGGUGGUUGAAGUAAGCCUUUCAGGGUUUAAUUCAUAGAGUUCUGUGAAUUUAGAAAGGGAGGUUAAGAAAUCUAACUGAUUAUUUGAAUCAAUAUAUAGGAUGGGAUGUUGGAUCGCCAUGAGUUUCUUACCUGGGUCCUGGAGUGUUUUGAGAAGAUCCGUGCUGGGGAAGAUGAACUUCUGAAACUGCUGCUCCCCCUUUUACUGCGUGUGAGUUACGAGUACUAGUACACUAAUUGUGGGUUUCGUACAAAUCACUUACCUUAUUAAUCUUAACUUGUCUGUCCCCAGUAUUCGGGUUCUCUGGUUCAGUCUGCAUACCUCUCCAGGCGUUUGGCCUAUUUUUGCACAAGGCGUCUAGCACAGCAGUUGGAGGGCAGUGGGAGCCAUACCGGACACCUCCUGACAGCACAGACGGGCAAUGCUCUUCCCCCAGCUCCUGCACCCCCUCCUCCUUCUGGGUCUGCCCCUUCGUCUCCUUUUAGUGAUCUUCUUCACUGCCCCCAGCAUCGGCCCCUGGUAUUUGGGCUAAGCUGUAUGUUACAGGUACUGUUUCACUUUUUGGUAGUAAUUGUCUUGUUCACAUAGGUGUCUGCUUUUUGCACAUGGAGUCAAAAAGUUUUGGUGUAUGUGUUUCUCGCCCAUGUAUUGCGAAUUUGACUUUCCUCUAGGAUCAAUCAUACUGUCUUUAUCCAACACCAAGCUUGAAGAAGUUUAAAAAUGCAGGUGUUUCAAAUUGUUCUCUCUUUGCAGAGCAUUGUCCUUUGCUGUCCCAGUGCCCUUGUUUGGCAUUACUCUUUAACUGAUAACCGCAUAAAGACUGGAUCGCCCUUGGAUCAUCUUCCUAUCGCCCCGUCCAGCUUACCAAUGCCUGGGGGUAAUUCUGCCUUCACUCAGCAGGUUAGUAACUCAUCCUCAGAAAUGGGUGAAAGUGAGAUAAGAUAAGUCAUUUUGAAUUGGAUAUACAAAAAUCAAGAACGUACUGUUCACUUGCUGCCUCAUAUAUUCCACCCAUUGACAGAUACCAUUGUCAUGAUGUAAUCCAUGUUAUUCACUUCACCUGUCAGUGGUUUAGAUUUUGUGGCUGUUCAUAUGUGACAGGCUACCCUCCUUAUCUAUUACACACCAAUAAUUGGGAUAUUGGUGAGGUCGUCUGUCCCAGAUCUGUAGUGGGCAGAUUCAGCCUUAUUUACUGCUUACUGGGAAUAGGUACUGCAGGAAGUCAAUGCACAUUAUGUUCGCCUUUCAUUACUUCUAUUGGUAUUCAAUGGAAAUACAUUUUCAUUGGGCACACAUUUUACAUGUUGGAUAUUAUAAUAAAUGUGCUUGACAAAAUACGUGAAAGUAUCAAGUGUAUUUUUAUCCUGUUUGUUAUUUACCUGUGUAGAAAGUUUGUCCUUGUACUUCCAUUCAAUACAUUUUUAGAAAAUCAGUUGCUGCACUGUGUAUUUGUUAUAAGUAAUGCUUUGUACAUAACUGUCUAUACACUAUUAGCAAUAUGUUACUAACACCACCCAGCUAUUUUACAUCGCUAGGAUGGCUUCAUUUUAUUUCUUGGUAUUUGUGUGUGGUAAGAAAAAAAAGCAAAAUAUCAGAAGACAUAGUUACAUAGCUGAAAAAAAGUCCCGUCAAGUUCAGCCCUUCUCACAUCUGUUUUUGAUGUUGAUCCAAAAGACGGAAAAAUCCUUUUCGUUCCCAGAAUGGCAGUCAGAUCUCUCAUUGGAUCAAACAUAAUAUGGUUGUUUGAUAAAACCACAUCUUACAUAUAUGCCUUUUUUUUUUUUUUUAUAACAUUGAGCAUAGUGUCUUGGGUUCAUUCCAGAGCCAACCAAUCUUACGGCUCAUUUACUUCACAGGUGCGCAGGAAGCUGCGGGAGAUGGAACAACAGAUAAAGGAACGUGGAAGGGCCGUGGAGGUCAGGUGGUCAUUUGAUAAAUGUCAAGAAGCAACAGCAGGUAAUUAUAUGUGGGUUUUUCUAGGUUACUGCUCCACUUUCACUUAAUGAGCAAUGGUCAUUGUAAGAUGUGUUCUCUUCCAGGUUUUCCAAUUGGACGUGUUCUCCAUACACUGGAAGUACUGGACAGCCACAGUUUUGAAAAAUCUGACUUCAGUAACAACCUGGACUCACUUUAUAACCGGAUCUUUGGACUUGGCCUUGGCAAAGAUGGACACGAGGUGAUGAAUGCAAGUCAACAUAUAACUGUCCAGAGUGUUUGUCAGAUUAGCGUGAAAAUCCGCUUUCUGUGUUGCUCCACCUCUAUCUCCUCUGUCUUGGGUCUUUGAAUUGCAGUCUUCUCUUGUUGCUAUUUUGGUUCCAGAACAGCUUCAGGUCUCCUUACCGUAUUGUUACUUAUUUUUCUGGCACUAGAUCUCUCCAGAUGAUGAUGCUGUAGUUGCCCUUCUCUGUGAAUGGGCUGUCAGCUGUAAGCGUUACGGACACCAUCGAGCACUGGUUGUAGCCAAGUUACUUGAAAAGAGACAGUUGGAGAUUGAAGCCGAAGUAAGUGCUAUUACGUUAUCAGGCACUCAAAUUACUGCAUCUUAAUUAUUUGAGUUGCUUACUAUCUCCAUUUCAUCUUAACUUCUCUCAAUAAGUCGUUUUUCUUUCUACAAUCUUCACAGCGUUGUGGAGACUCUGAGGCAGUGGAUGAAAAGGGAUCUGUGUCUUCUGGCUCCUUGUCUGCUCUGAGUUCGCCUCCUGUGUUCCAGGAAGUUUUACUCCAGUUUCUUGACACACAAGCCCCAGUUCUAAGUAAGUGUGAUGAGCUAUGAGAAGCUGUGCGUGAUCUGUAUGAAACCUCAAGCUGUUGCAUGGUCUGUGGUCCCCAGUUCAUUUCCAUGCAGGUCAGAAAAGCAUGUGUGCAAUUCAAGUGGUGCAAUUUAUUUUGAUCCUACCCUGUCUGAAACCAGUGUUUAAACCUGACAUUAACUUGCUGUUUAUUACAUUCUAACGAUGUCUUCUCUUUCAUUUUCUCCUUGAAACAUGGUCUCCACAUUCAGCUGAUCCAGCUAACGAAUCGGAGCGUGUGGAAUUCUAUAACCUGGUGCUGCUCUUUUGUGAGUUGAUCCGACAUGAUGUUUUCUCUCACAACAUGUACAUGUGCACCCUCAUAUCCAGAGGUGACCUAGGGCUGGACGGGCAUGUACCGCGACCCCGCUCUCCUUACGAAGACCCAUCGGAUGACAAUGACCGCAAGGAAGGUGAAGCCAACAGUAGCAUUAAACUAGAGGUGAGUACAAAGUAGAGUGGCUGAAUUUGGAAGUAGAAGAGUCAACAUUAGGAAUUUACAAUCUUUUUGGGAAGUUGAAUGGAAGCACUUGUGCUUCACAAUCAAACGUAAUUUUAAAGAACUUUCUGAAAUAUUGCAUAUAGGUCAGUUUAUAAAAUUUCUCAAAAUCCUCCACUGUACAUUGAUGCGCCAUAUGGGCAAAACCACCUCCACCAAUGCAUGCUAUCCAAACUUGUUUAAAAUUGCUAAUGUGGAACUUUAUACCACCACAAUAGCAGUAUGCUAAGCGAGGGGGUUGGGACAGUUUGUUUCAAACUGCUUGACAACAACAGAAUGUAGUAGUUAUGGUGCUAAUUGUGCCUUUUUACUGCAAGCUUUGCCAUAUGACUUAUAAGUUGCAAUGUUUUAAUUCUGUGCGUCUGGGUAUAUGUAGAUAUACUACAUGCAUACAAUAUCAUAUACUUUAUAUUGAUUCUACCUCCUCCCCAGGACACUGCGCUUUCAGAAACCAUGGAUAUUGACCACAGUUCAGGAGCUCUGUUUGAUGACAUGGAAAAAAACGAGUUUCCGGUAAUUGUUAAUUUCAAAAUAUAUCACCCGUUGUCUGUCUGUUGUUUUCCCAAUUACUUGACUGCUGCAGUUACUGGUAAUUUUCUUGUGGAGCAGUGUGUAGAGAAUAGAGGUUAACUAUUUAGCUCCUCAUCUCGGUUGGUCAAUUAACUUUUGUGUGUACUUGUGUAGUGUGUGCCACUUGCAGGUCUUCCUGGUGCACAUGCAUGUCAAACAGUCAGAAGUCCCACAUCUACACAUACAGUGGAUAAACCACACACAUUUACACUGACAGACACACGGUUACAUACAUGAGAGCUGCAUGUACAGUGUCAUAAUCUUAAAUUACAAGUUCUACAGGGCACUAGAAUUGUGUAUUGUCACCACAUUAUCUGGGAGCUUUGCGUACAUUCAACAAUGGGUGCCAGUAUGUAGUCUUUAGUAAUGUGCUGGCAACGAAGAAAUGAAAACCAAGAAAGUAAAAAAAAAAAAAAAAGAAAUGGCAAAAAGUUUGAAAAUGUGCAUUUCUCUAGCACAAUGUCCAGAAGAUAUGUUCAUUUUCAGUUUACAGCAUUCAAUUACAUUUUCAUGACCCAUGCACUUUAUAAUAACUCACAAAAAAGGUAGACUGCUUAAAUGUGCCACUCUUGUAACAUUCUUUUUUUAUUACAGAUGUUUUCACCUGCGACACGUGAAGCACGAAGCCCAGGUCUAGAUGACGCAGAUUGUGAUGGACGUCGUGUAACAAAGGGUCUGAGUGGAGACGGUCUUCUUUCUUCCUUGUAUGAGCAACCAAGACACAUCCAGUAUGCCACACACUUCCCCAUACCUCAGGUCAGUUUCCAAGUGUCACCGCUUGUAACAAAUUGCCAUUGUGACACAGACCUACUAAACUUCCAUUUCUCUUUUGUAUUUGUUUAGGAGGAGUCUUGCAGCCAUGAGUGUAACCAAAGGCUAGUUGUCCUCUUUGGAGUAGGGCGACAGCGAGAUGAUGCUCGUCAUAUAAUAAAGAGGAUCACACGAGAUAUCCUGAAGGUGCUGAACCGUAAGAGCACUGCUGAAACGGGUAAGGGAAACUGAGAGUAAGGAGAUUGGCCUUAAGGUGAAAAUCUGUUGUGCUUUUAAUUGAAAACUGCCAUUUCUCUCAGGGUCAAAUGAGGGACAGCGGAGACGCAGGGUUAAGCCUGAGGCCUUUCCUACAGCAGAGGAAAUAUUCUGUCGAUUCCAGCAGCUCUCACAUUUUGACCAACACCAGGUAACUGCCCAGGUAAGGAGGAUGCACAGGCAUGCGUACAUGUGCUGGUGUAAAUGCAGUAGAAGGUUAAUCUUUAGAUCUUGUUAACAGUUACUAGGCUAUCUGUGUACGAGAUGGCAUGCAUUAGCUGUCUGUGAGCCUGACCCUAGGUAUUGAAUGGGCAUGUCUAAUCAUUAAGUCUGUAUUAUGCAAGAAUUAUUAUGAAUCUGACUUGGGACGAAAUGAGCAUGUGUUGCACCUAAGUAUAUCUUUACGGCUGAUUGAGGUUCUGUGCAAUGCAUGUGAGACUAUUGAGCAUGUUUGUGUGCCUGGACCCGAGGUACUACACCUGUCUUUAUUUCUGACUGAGGUUCCGAGUAUGUCUUAGUUCCUGCAUUAUGGUAUGGAGCCUGUCUGGGUGCUUUCGCCAUGGUAUGGAGCCUGUCUGGGUGCCUGCGCCAUGGUAUGGAGCCUGUCUGGGUACCUGCGCCAUGGUAUGGAGCCUGUCUGGGUGCCUGCGCCAUGGUAUGGAGCCUGCCUGGGUGCCUGCGCCAUGGUAUGGAAGCCUGCCUGGGUGGCUGCGCCAUGGUAUGGAAGCCUGCCUGGGUGGCUGCGCCAUGGUAUGGAAGCCUGCCUGGGUGCCUGCGCCAUGGUCUGGAGCCUGCCUGCGCCAUGGUCUGGAGCCUGCCUGCGCCAUGGUCUGGAGCCUGCCUGGGUGCCUGCGCCAUGGUCUGGAGCCUGCCUGGGUGCCUGCGCCAUGGUCUGGAGCCUGCCUGGGUGCCUGCGCCAUGGUCUGGAGCCUGCCUGGGUGCCUGCCUCAAUGUUAUGGAGCCUGCCUGGGUGCCUGCCUCAAUGUUAUGGAGCCUGCCUGGGUGCCUGCCUCAAUGUUAUGGAGCCUGCCUGUGUGCCUGCGCCAUGGUACUGAGCAUGUUGGUUUACUGUGCCCAGUUUUAAAAGUUAUCUCCCAAUUCCCAGGUCUCUCGAAAUGUUCUAGAGCAGAUUACCAGUUUUGCACUGGGCCUAUCCUAUCAUCUACCAUUGGUACAACAUGUUCAAUUCAUCUUCGACUUGAUGGAAUAUUCUCUGAAUAUUAAUGGAUUAAUUGACUUUGCCAUCCAGGUGUGUUUUACUCCCCUCCUUUUCUGUCUCUUCUCUGAUACGUACCCUUUUCCUUUGCUUUUUUAUGUCUAUUCUCAGGUGUGCUUUUCUGCCAAUCUUGCAUCACCAUUCAUACAUUGUACUGAAUCACAUUGCUUCUUUCUAACCUCUGUCUUUUCCUCCCCCAGUUGCUCAAUGAACUGAGUGUGGUAGAAGCAGAGCUCCUACUGAAGUCAUCCAGCCUGGUCGGCAGUUACACCAUGAGUUUGUGUUUGUGCAUCGUCGCUGUUCUACGACAUUACAACACCUGCCUGAUCCUGAGUCAGGAGCAGACAGCACAGGUCUUCGAGGGGUGAGAGCGGUGCAAGGGAAGAAUGAGUGGGGAAAGGAAGGCGUGUGAGUGCUUAUUGAGAUAGGUGCAAAAGAGGGGGCUGGAUAGUAGAAUAGAGCAGCAUGAACGUGGGUGGGGAAACUGACUGUUAAAAUAUGUAUGAAAGUUUAUAGGUAUAUGGCGUACUCUUUGUUCCCUUACAGGCUGUGUGGAGUUGUAAAACACGGGAUGAAUCGGCUAGAUGGCUCAUCUGCUGAGCGUUGCAUUCUUGCGUACCUCUAUGACUUGUACAUGUCUUGCAGCCAUCUUAAGAGCAAGUACGGGGAACUAUUCAGGUUAGUGAGAGUUAUAUUUUACAGCUUACACUAAAACUUUUAACCCUGCAAAAGUAUUGCAGAACUACUUUUUUGUUGUGGAAAGGUUUUCCUGGUUUGUUCUAAUGUUUGUUUAAUUGGGCACUCCAAAUACCAUAACCACAACAGUCUGCUUUAAAGGUAGAGAUUGGUAAAAUAUUAAAUUGAACCUGUAAUGCCUAAAAUGUAUUUGUGUCACUUUAAAUAACAUGUGUGCUAGUAAAUUCAUAACUGUAAAAUUAUGAAAUAUUUUUUUAUAUUUGACCUUUUUGAGCAUGUAAUUAGUUAAAGAGACACUAAGUCACCAGAAAUACUACACCUUAAUGUAGUUGUUCUGGUGUCUAUAGUCAUUUUCAUGUAAACACUGCCUUUUCACUGCGCUUUGUCUUCGCCUUCCACCCUGCCUGCUUGGCUGAAAUCAUCAGAAUUGACUCUCUCAGCCAAUCCAAUGCUUUCCCAUGGUAAAGCAUUGGAUUGGUUGAGAUAAUCUAUGUCAGUCAGCCAAGAGGUGGAUCAGGGGCAGGAACCCCUGACACUGAAAUAAAGGUACGUUUUAGAGGGUCAACGGGUUCCGGCUACCUACAUAGCGUUUUUAACCCUAUCGGAUCAGGACUACACGUGUCUAUUCCUGACCCUAAAGUGUUCCUUUAAGGGUAAAUCAAAAGGUGGCUCGAUUGUCUGCAGGUGCAUUUGCCCAGUCCUCAAAUGGCGUGGUUUUAUCCUUAUACUAGAAAUUCAUUAUGGGUUGCUUGUGCCAUUUAAAGAUUCAGGCCGUGGACUACAGAGCUACUACAUCUGAAUCAGGGCACCAAAUAAGGAACGGUGGUAGCAAUUUUCCCAUCACAAUGUAUUUGUGUUUGUAUCUCUAACUACCUCAAGGUGAACUUGUCAUAUACACAAUUUGACUUUAGUUUGAAUGAAGUCACAAAACUAUAAUAGAAUGGUUCAGUGACAGAAUAUAUAAUAAGAUAUGGCAGGCGACUAAGGAAUCUUUAGUAUCACAGACUCUGUACUGAGUCAUUGUUGCUGCUGGAGCUAAUAUUAACCAUUUGAGGACCAAAUGUGUCAAUGUUUGUGAUCACAGGUUUGUCCCUAAAUAACCCAUGGGGUGUCUUGCUUAUUUAACUUUGGUAGCUGCUUUCUGCCCUGCAGCAGUCAAUUGUCCAAGUAAGAGCCGUAAAGAACAGAACAUCAUGACACAGACUGUUAUCAGUCCUUAAGCAGUCAAAAACUAACAUUGGUUUUACUAUCUGCACAACCCUCUAAUUGAUCAGACCAGUAAUCCAAUAGAAUUACCAUGAUAAACUGUUAUCUUCCAACCAGUUACUUUUUUUUUUGUGUGUGGAAGAUUUGGCACACCACAUUGCUAGGUUAGAGCAUCUUUUGAUGAUUACGAGCUGCAUGGUGUAACUCUAGUUAAACAAAAUUCUAUGAUUUAGCCAAUGUAAUAAAUACAUCGACUGUCUACAUACAGAUGUCUGCACACCGGAAAUUAUUCAUACCUUGAAGUUGGUAAAUCACCCUAAUAAAACAAAUGUAAUCGUCUACAAAGAAAGAUAGUAGGUAUCAAUGCUUUGAAAAACUGAUAAUGCCAUAAUGUCUGAUAGAUGAAUGGAAUUUUUUGAGAACCAUAAAUUUACAAUAUUUCGGGCACAGCGUGUAGCAUCACCUAUGAUUUUUCUAGGCAAGAAUAUGCGCUAAUUAAAUUUAAAAAAUCAAUUUUUCCACAAGCCCCCUUACAUUCAGGUAAUUUGGGGGAAAUCUUUAAGUAUGGGGAUCUUUGAUCCUACAGUCUAUUGUACACCACCCACCCAUUCCUGAAAUGAUGAUUGAUAAGGAUUUUAGGGUACUAGUGUUUUGGAGAGAUGUAUUAUCUUGUGCUUGAGAGUAGGCGGUGCGAUGGAGUAGUAUUGUGGCUUGGCUGUUCGGUCAAUCACUGCACUCUUUGUGACUUGUAAGAAUGUUGACUUACUAUUGCAGUUUAAGCUGAAUUAUGCAUUAUUUAAAAAAAAUAAAAAAAAAAUAAAAGUUUUUUACUCCUUGGAUCCUCUUUGUUUCCUCAUCAAGUGCCCCAGAUACAAUGUAGUUAAUCUUUUGGAGUGUCCAUUUAGGUUUUAGGUACAUAGUAGAACACUGAAAAGAUGACCUUCAUGGUGACCAUGAUAGGAACUGUAAAUCUUAUUUUAGAAUGCUAAAAACAUGUGCUCUUUCACUUAAUGCAAAGAAUGUUGUGUUCAAUGUCUGUCACUCUGUAGCUUGUAAAAUUGCAUGACAGAUUACUUCUGGGGUUCCAUGGGGUAUGGCAAUAACUAUUUUCAUGAACGUCUAGGCCAAACUAGAGUGUAUCUUCUAUAUUUUAUAUAUAUAUCCCUUUUUUCCCCACAGUGACUUCUGCUCCAAGGUGAAAAACACAAUAUAUUGUAUUGUUGAGCCAUCGGAUUCCAAUAUGCUUUGGGAACAGGAGUUCAUGUUGGACACAAUCAUUAAUCCGUCUCCACAGAGUUUAAACUGUGCAAUGCUGGGAAAGCUGUUGAGAGACUCUCCUACGAACCGUUACAGCUUUGUGUGCAAUGCACUUGUCCAUGUGUGUGCAGGAGAUCAUGACACAGAUAGGUAAGGGACCAACCACGUGUAGAAUCAUCACAAAACAGAUUGAGGGCACCAUCUUACCGAUAGCUUUGGAAUUUGCAGACGUUUUUAGGUUGUCACACACAAAGUAUCUCUGAGACUUUUGUUGCAGAUCUGACCUCUUUCUUCUCUACAGGGUCAACGACAUUGCCAUUUUGUGUGCCGAAUUAACAGGAUCCUGCAAAGAUCUGAGCUCUGAAUGGCUGGGAGUCUUGAAAGCACUUUGUUGCUCAUCCAACAAUGGCACUUGUGGGUUCAAUGACCUUCUGUGCAACGUGGAUGUAAGUAUAUAGCGGUGGCCACUUUUUUCCUUUUAUAAUAUAAUUUUUUCCUUUUUAUUAUACUUUUAAUAUUGUUCAUCUCAAGCCAAUAAUCACUUUUUACUCCAUCAGGUUAGUGAUCUCUCUUUCCACGAUUCCCUUGCUACGUUUGUUGCAAUCCUGGUCGCUCGCCAGUGUCUCUCCCUUGAGGAUCUGAUACGUUGUGCAGCCAUUCCAUCGUUACUCAAUGCUGGUAACUAUUUAUUCUAUCUCUUGCUAAGUCUAGUGUUUUGUGUGUCAGUGACUUGAGAAUACUCUGAACAUAAAUUUGCUGAACACUAUUUAAAGGGACACUCUAGGCACCCAGACAAUUUCAGCUCAUUGAAGGGGUCUGGGUGCAUAUUCUCAGGUCCCUUAACCCUGCAAUAGUAAUGAUUGCAGUUAUUGAGAAACUGCAAAAAUUGCUAUCCAGAGUUCGCUCCACCUCUAGUGGCUACCAGACAGCCACUAGAAGGACUUCUGGGUAGUUAGGCGACUUUUGCCUACGCUAUGCAUGAGGAUAUCCAGCAUCACCCGAAACCCCAUAGGAAAGAAUGGGGGAAGAAAUAAGCAACUUUGUUUUCCCUGGCACUAUUGAUUCCCUUUAAUGUUGUUUAAUGCUCAUUUCCAUUUCUCUAGUAUUUUUUUUGUAGUCCAACAGAUAAUUAUUAUUUUUUUUUUUUUCUCUCCGCACAGCAUGCAGUGAGCAGGAUUCAGAAUCUGGAGCAAGGCUUACAUGUCGUAUAUUGCUACAGCUUUUCAAGACUCCGCAACUCAACCCAUAUGAACCAGACGGAAGUGAGUGCAAUGUUCAAUAAGUUGGGAAAAGGUGGUUGAGUUUGAGUUGAGAUGGGGACAUUAGCAGUCAGACAGGAGGAUGUACAUAUUUUGAAUGAAUCUGAGAGGUUUGUUACUAUUAAAAACAAAAACUGAUUGUUUUUAGGCAAGCCAACAUUUGGGAUCCGCUCUUCCUGUGACCGCCACCUGCUGGCAGCUGCUCAGAAUCGCAUUGUCCCUGGGGCACUAUUCGCUGUCCUGAAGGCUGUUUUUGUAUUAGGUAAGAUGUGAGUUUACCUCUUCGUCCACUUGUUUCGUAUCGUGGAAUCUGCCACUGUCAUGUAUUUCCUGCCCCCCUUUUCUGCAGGUGAUGCAGAAUUGAAAGGUUCUGGAUUUUCUCUCCCAGCGGGUACUGAUGAUAUCACAGAGGAAGAUUUGGCAACCAAGAAGACAGGUGGUCGUCCUGUCUCCAUAGAAACAGCCAGCCUAGAUGUUUAUGCAAAAUAUGUUCUUCGUGGCAUCUGCCAGCAGGUGAGUUUGUAAAAAUAGGUCACGUUGCCUGCACCCUGUGCUUGCUGUACUGCUGUUCAGUAGAGGAACAUUUUCUACCAGAGAGGCUCCAGGCCAUCCCUCCGCAAUGUGCAGGGGACAGCGAAUGUCACCACCUUAUUAUACGAGAGCCUGUGUGGCUCCAGAGUACAGAGCUACUUCCUGGAGGCAGGGACUGUGGGCACACUAUGCACUAUAUAAACAGGGCUGUUACAACUCGACUCCUGGUGUGUGGUUAUUCUGCUCACAAAUAGAUUUCUGUUUUGUUUUCAUUUCUUGAAAUGUCAGUAGAAUCCGUUCACAUAUCUGUAUGCAGAUAUCUGGCUAUUUUUGUUUCUUUUUAUCAAACCUGGUAUUCACAUUUUUUCAAUAAUAUUUUAGAAUCGGUCUGAAGCAUUGCAAGGCUUGAAAUAAUCCAUUUUUAUUUUUUUUAUCCCUUCAUAUUUCUGUGAAAGAAGCAUGAAUAAAUGAAGAAAUAGUGUAAAUAUACACCGGUAUAAUUUCUUUUUCUUGCAUGUCUGAACAGGAAUCUUUACACAUUUUUGUCACAUUUUUUUGUUUGCUUAUGCAUUCCGUGUUUCAAAUAAAUGUUAAGUAUAUUUUAAUGAAAAGCACCCAGUAGUGAGGUCAGUCAAUAAUCGAGGAAAAAGAGGAGGAUUUAAGCAGAACAUUCUAAAGGGACUUUGGAGAUAAUUAAAAAAAACAAACAAAAAAAGCUCAUAAUGAAAAGUAUUCCCUACUGUAAUUUUAAAUAACCUGCAGUAUUAAAAACAUGUAAACAAAUGUAAAAACAGCAGAUUCUGAUAAAAAGCAUUUUAUGUUGAAAAAACCCCAUAAUGGAUCUGUUUAAGUUUAGAGUUUGCUAAUACAAGUUGUUUAUUCAUUAAGGUGAAUUUGUUGUAUUAUUUAAGUUCAGACCAGUCUUGCUUUGAAACUCAAUUCAGUUCCCAAUUUACUGAGCAGAUUCAGUUCUCCUUGAGCCUGUUUUGUAUACGUCCCGUCUUUACACCCCUAUAUAGAGUCACCGUGCUCUCCAUCUUUGCAUUAGGGGUGGAUUUUUAGCGCUGUCUGCGAUCGUCCAUUACUCGCCACCUGUUCUCACACUUUUAGUGACACCAGCUCUGAUGUGUUUUUGGGGCGGUUCGUUUUCUUUUUUUAAAUAAAGUGGUUAUUGAGUUUAUAAUUUUUCUUCCAUUAAAAAAGUUUUUUUUAAAAAAAGGGGGGUACAGAAAAGAAAGGUUGAAAAAGUGUUAAAAACAAUCCCAUAUCCGCCCUAUCCAAUUAAGCCAUUGUAUUGAGGCCAUUUGUUUUUUUGCAAUCAUGUUUUUAACUUUGUUCACAUCUCAUAAGAUUUGUGUUAGUCACAAAUCCUGUUUGUGCCUUAUUCUAUGGUCUCUGCUAGUGCAAGAAGCCUUGUGCAAUGCUAUUCUUUUUGUAUUCUGUGUGCAUCAUGUUUGUUGUUGUUUUUUCACUGCUAGGAGUGGGUAGGGGAGCGUUGCGUGCGCUCUCUAUGCGAGGACUCAAAUGACCUACAGGAUCCAGUUCUCAGCAGUGCGCAGGCCCAGCGCCUCAUGCAGCUGAUUUGCUAUCCGCACAGACUCAAUGACACAGAGCAGGGCGACAACCCACAGAGGCAGCGUAUUAAACACAUCUUGCAGGUGAGCAUGGAUAAGUGUUAAACAAAGGUCGCUGACAAUCUGACGUUCGUUUUUGUGAUGGAAAUCUGAAACACCCGGAACAUCCCUUCCAAUCUCAACCUUUUUCCAUUAAAUGCAUUUCUCAUUUCCUUAUUGUCUUUGCCAUUUCCUCCCUCCCCCUCCCCAUCUACUUACAUGUGCUUUCUUACUUGCAGAGUUUGGAUCAAUGGACAAUGCGGCAAUCUGCACUGGAGCUUCAAUUAAUGAUCAAGCAGACAUCAAGCAAUGUAAGGAAAAACAGUGUUGCAGUGUUUGGUAGUCUUAAUCUGUCUUGCAUAUAUUAAACUUUCUGUGUUACUGUGUGUCUAACAAAUACAUUUCAAUACAUAAUGGUAAAGCUUGGAUCAAGGAAAGUAAUGCCAGUGAGGCACUUUAACCAUAACACUUAGUUCAGCAUUGUGUGGGUACAUAACUAUAUAAGGCAAGUGUUCGUUCCUUAGCAAAGCACCUGGUCAUCUGCCAGAGAUUGGUGUGGGUCACAUGGUUUGUGAUGGCUGUCUUUAAUACAUAGAAACAUAGAAUGUGAUGGCAGAUAAGAACCAUUCGGCCCAUCUAGUCUGCCCAAUUUUCGAAAUACUAUCCCACGCAUGCUUAAACUCCCUCACUGUGUUAACCUCUACCACUUCAGCUGGAAGGCUAUUCCAUGCAUCAACUACCCUCUCAGUAAAGUAAUGCUUCCUGAUAUUAUUUUUAAACCUUUGCCCUUCUAAUUUCAGACUGUCCUCUUGUUGCGGUAGUUUUUUCUUCUUUUAAAUAUAGUCUCCUUUACUGUGUUGAUUCCCUUUAUGUAUUUAAAUGUUUCUAUAAUAUCCCCCCGUCUCGUCUUUCCUCCAAGCUAUACAUGUUAAGUUCCUUUAACCUUUCCUGGUAAGUUUUUUUUUUUUUUUUUUCAUGCAAUCCAUGAACCAGUUUAGUAGCCACUCUCUAAAGAAUCAAUAUCCUUCUGAUACGGUCUCCAGUACUGAGUACAAUACUCCAAGUGAGGGCUCACCAGUGUUCUGUACAAUGGCAUGAGCACUUCCCUCUUUCUACUGCUAAUACCUCUCCCUAUACAACCAAGCAUUCUGCUAGCAUUUCCUGCUGCUCUAUUACAUUGUCUGCCUACCUUUAAGUCAUCCGAAAUAAUCACCCCUAAAUCCCUUUCCUCAGAUGUUGAGGUUAGGACUCUUAUCAAAUAUUCUGUACUCUGCCCUUGGGUUUUUACGUCCAAGAUGCAUUAUUUUGCACUUAUCCACAUUUAAUGUCAGUUGCCACAGCUCUGACCCUUUUUUUUUGUUUACCUAAAUCAUUUGCUAUUUGGCUUUUCCCUCCUGGAACAUCAACCCUGUUACAUAUCUUAGUAUCAUCAGCAGAAAGACAUACCUUACCAUCAAGACCUUCUGCAAUAUCUCUAAUAAAGAUAUUAAACAGAAUGGGUCCAAGUACAGAUCCCUGAGGUACCCCACUGGUGACAAGCCCAUGCUUUGAAUAUACUCAAUUGACUACAACCCUCUUUUGCCUGUCACUCAGCCACUGCCAUACCCAUUCAACAAUAUUGGAAUCCAAACUUAAAGAUUGCAGUUUAUUGAUAAGCCUUCUAUGUGUAAGAUCCGCCUGGAGUGCUGGAGACCGUAUCUCCAGAAGGAUAUUAAUACGUAAGAGAGAGUUCAGAGAAGGGCUACUAAACUGGUUCAUGGAUUACAGGAUAAAACUUACCAGGAGAGGUUAAAGGAUUUUAACAUGUAUAGCUUGGAGGAAAGAUGAGACGGGGGGAUAUGAUAGAAACAUUUAAAUACCUAAAGGGAAUCAACACAGUAAAAGAGGAGACUUUAUUUAAAAUAAGAAAAACUACCACAAUAAGAGGAAAUCGUCUUAAAUUUGAGGGGCAAAGGUUUAAAAAUAUCCAGAAGUACUACUUUACUGAGAGGGUAGUGUUUGCAUGGAGCUGAAGUGGUAGAGGUUAACACAGUAAAGGAGUUUAAGCAUGCGUGGGAUAGGCAUAAGGCUAUCCUAACUAUAAGAUAAGGCCAGGGACUAAUGAAAGUAUUUAGAAAAUUGGGCAGACUAGAUGGGCCGAAUGGUUCUUAUCUGCCGUCACAUUCUAUGUUUCUCCCUUUUGUCACAUGACACUUAUAGAGAUAAGGAACAAAUGUUGAAGUUAACUUACUACCGGGCUCUCGUAGGUUCAAUUGGUCCCUGUUUUGAUACAGACAAGUAGAGGAAAGUUAUUUUGUACUUCUUGUUGGAAAGCCAUUGGUGCCAUUAAAGUAAUGCCAAAAAAACAAGUGAAAAGGAACGGAGAUGUGAUGCAAAAACCACCACCAUAAACUAGAAAUCACUUACAAAAUACAUAUGUUGAUUGGGGGUGGGGGGAAAGCUGCACUUCCAAAAAUAAGUUUGGGUAAUCCACUAAGCUGUGCUUCUGAAACUAAUAAUUAUAAGCUACACAUAGGGGAGUAUUGUAUGAACACAAGAAUAGAGAAACAGUGGUAUUACACUUAUCACCCUUUAAAGGGUAAAAUGGUUCAGGUACAUAAUUCUAUAUCUAAUUUUUCUGUUUUCAUAAAUCGUUGCACUUACAGUUUAGCAGCUAAAAUCAAGCAUGUCACCACUCUGUGUGGGCAGAUAGAUGGAUUUCCUUUUAAGCUGCUUAAAUUGUUUCCAGAGUCUCUCCAGAGCUUCCGUUUCUCCCAACAGCAGCCUCCGCAAAGCAAAGAACAGACAUUACUGUAACAAGGGGAUUUCUGCUGCCUGUAUACAGGGGAGUUCACCCAUAUCACCACAUGGAGUGGGGAUAUGCUUGAUUAUAGCUGCUAAAUUGUCCCAUCUAUAAAAAACAAACAAAAAAAAAAACAGCUUAAUGGACCAGGAGGGUGUGGCAGGGGAAAUGAUGGAUUUGAUUUUUUUUUUUUUCUCCUAAUAAACCAGGAAAUGAAUUCACUUCUGGAGAACAUUGCCAAAGCUACUAUUGAAGUGUUCCAACAAUCUGCUGAAAAUGUUUGUACAGCUCCUGCCACAAAUCCUCCGCUCAACAAUGCACCUCCCAGUAACACUCCUCCCAAUGCCAAGACCAAACCAGUGCUCAGGUAUAGCCCAUUCUUUUCUGUUUAAAUCUCCCACCAACCCAACUAGUAAUGCAUGGUUUCCCAUAAUUGACCCUUUAAUCCCUCUUCUUUCAGUGCUUUGGAGCGGUCUGGUGUAUGGCUUGUGGCUCCUCUGAUAGCAAAACUGCCAACAUCUGUACAGGGCCAUGUCCUGAAGGCAGCUGGGGAGGAACUAGAGAAAGGACAGCACCUUGGAUCCUCCUCUCGCAAGGAACGUGAUCGACAAAAGCAGAAAAGGUAAAUGCAGCUGCCUGGUGUACUCUUGUUUAAAGGAUAGUGUUCCUUCUCUUGUUUAAAAAUGUUUUUUUGUUUGUUUUUUUAAAUGGAUAUUGUGAUCAGGCAUGAUGAUCUUUGGUCCAAUUUGUGAAGCUAGGGCAUAAUUCAGAGCGCACUCACUCAGUCUUUCCUCUCACUGAGGAAUGCUUCUCUAUGAGAAGCAUUAGCUGUGUUCUGCAUCAUCCCAAACAUGCAGACCGUCGAAAAUGUGCCUAUAGGAGUCAAAAUUAGGCUGCCCAAUUUAUUGUAAUAUUUUGUAAAGAAUUUAUUUAUGUAUUCAUUGGCUACUAAAAAAACAAACAAAGGCCCUCUGAUAUACACAUUAAUCUAGUGCCUUCGUUUGUCAAGCCCUGCUCUAGUGGCCGCCAGACAGACACGAUCUCAGACAAAUGUAAACAUUGCUGGGUCUCAGAAAUGGCAAUAUUUUACUUGUCUGAGCAAAGGGACAGCUUCUGUGCAGUUGAAGGUUUGAUUGCUGUUUUUAUGGUGAAUUAGGAGUGUUCAUAUAAUUACAGUUUCUGUACCUUCCUUCUAACUCAUUAAAAUUACGCCAGUGAGGGUUUAGGUAGUGUUUUCAAACAUGAAAUAUUUACAGUAUCGGUUUCUAGCACAUACUGUUGAAGGCAGCUCAAACACCCAAACUAGAGUCUCUCUGUUCCGGUCAAUUUUCCUUUUUCUUUCCUUCUACCAUAAGUGUUUUCAAACGUGUCGUAAAACACCACCAGGGAAAGCAAAUGGAAACAGAACGUAUCCGUCCGUUUCAACCCAGUUCCAGACAAUCCGAGACUUUUAAACUUUAUAUAACCAUGCAAUGUCUUAGCUAAAUGCUAAAUGAGUUGCAUAUUCUAUCUGCUUAUCGUCCUUUAUUCUACUGCAUUGCACAUUGGCAAUUCAGAAUGGAGCUUCCCAGAUUCAGAUUGUGCUAAUGCCUUAGGUCUUCGAGGGGUUAAUAAACCCUACCUCGUCAAUGCUUUUCAUGACCGGCUGUUCCUAAGCAACAAAAUUGCAAUAUUUGCUGCAUAGCUGCAUUCAUUUUCAACCCUUAAUCGUACUGUAGCACAUGUUAGACUAACCCUAAAUUAUAGAGCAUAAAUUGUCUAAGCCUGCCUCAUACAUAUAUUUAUAUAUACCAGAGCUGUAGGUUACUGAGAGAUAAGUAACCAGAGAAUAAAAAGAACACAUAAUUUGCAGUUCAUCGGUAAAUCAAGUGAACGUAGUUAUGAUUAAGCUGUCAGUCAUCCACUUCUACAGGUCUGGAAAAUGAGCCUGUUCACCAGUCGGGGGUAAAUAUUUGUAGUUGAUGUGCUCGGGAAUGAGUAUUACACUGCUUUGAGAAGCAGUUCAUGUAGGAGUACUUUGCACAAUAGAUAGUCUCUCUCACGGUUCUUAAAGGGACAGGCAUCACUUUAUAUAUUUUAUUUAAACCAGCAAGCUAACACUUUUAAACAAAUAUACAAACCAGAAUAUAUAAAACCAUUGCAUUGUUGGGCACGCCUCUCAGCUGCAGAAAAGGUGUGAUGCAUGUACUUUUUUAAAAGAAUCCUUUAAUACCAUUAUCACCUUAGCCCACUGUAGUGAGCAUGGUCCCAGGAUUGCCUUGACGCCACCCAACUUUAAGAUGUCAGACUGUUUGACAGUUUGACUACUUGAUAGCCAGUUUUCUCUAGCAGAGAAUGGGAGCACAGAGUAUCAAGAGGUUCGGCUGAUUUGACCUGCCUACCCCCUCCACUGGGUACCACCUUCUAAAUGAGUAUAACACCUUUAAGGAGGUCUUUUUAAAACAAAACAGGCAAGACAGUGCCCUUUAAAAGACCACUAUAGUCACCCAGGCCACUGCAUGUCAAUGACGAGGUCUUGGUGCAGUGAGCCUGUCCUUUUAACAAGAAACACCACAAAUUUGGGUGCUUGAUACUCUUGCUUACAGUCUUAACUAAUAUGUCACACGUAUUGACAAAACAGUGCAUCCUUUACUUACUUAUGUAACAGUGUAUCACCUACCCUCACUACUUCUGCAUCUUCAAAGUCUAAAAUUGAGCACUUAAAUUGGUGUUUAUAAAAUCCCUGUACUGUUUCCAAAUGUAUCAUGUGGACAGUUUCCUUCCAGGAAACAUAUCAAAAUCUAUUCAAACAUCAUUCUAGCAACAUGUCAUUAUCAGUGACAUCAGUGCUGUUGAUUGAUCCCAUUUCACUGUUUGUUUUCCACCUCCAGCAUGUCUUUGCUUAGUCAGCAGCCAUUCCUUUCUUUGGUUCUGACUUGCUUAAAGGGCCAGGAUGAACAGAGGGAAGGAUUAUUGACCUCACUGUACAGUCAGGUACAGCAGGUAAGUGAAACUGCUGUUAGUUUUUCCUUUCCUGAGAUGCUAGCCCUAUUUGUCUUAUUUCCAUCAGUGAUCUUCUUUCCCAUUUCCUUCUGCCUGGCAUAUCAUGCUGCUCCUUCAGUGCAACACCCCUCCUCUGCCUCCUGUAUAUUUACCUCCAGUCUCUCUCUAAUCCAUCUCACACUCAACACAGCCCUUAUUGAAGUUCUCUUUUAUGUUUAUUUUCCCUCUCCGCUUAUAUAUCAUCUCUGACUCUCUUUACCCAUCCCUAUAGAUUGUGAGUAACUGGCGAGAGGACCAGUACCAGGAUGACUGCAAGACCCCUCAGUUGCUGCAUGAUGUCUUGAAACUGAGACUUAAUUUGGUGAGUUUUGUAAAACUGUCUUCUAAUUGAAGCAGUCUUAAUGAACAUGAAAUUGGAAAUAAUAUUGGGAGAGCACAAAUACAAUGUGCAUGCGGUUUAAUAUGGGUGGAUUUGCCUUGUCACCUUGUUUUCGCACUGUGAAUAUUCUACUGUGUGUUGUGUUUCUUCUGACUGUUUGUUGCUGCUGCAGGUGGGCGGUAUGUUUGACACAGUUCAGCGAAGCACUCAGCAGACCACAGAGUGGGCCGUGCUUUUAUUGGACAUUAUCAGCAGCGGCACAGUCGAUAUGCAAUCUAACAAGUAAGCUUUUCACUAUAUGUAUUGCUGUAAACACUCCAAUAUAUAUAACCUCUCCCCUUUAAUUAUUACUCUCGUUCACUAUUUACUAUUCUCUUUUAUUUCAAAACAUUUCCAGCUCCUUUGUCCGACAAACACACUCAAAAUUAUGUUUUAAUCUCUCCUAUUCCUACCAGCGAGCUCUUCACUACAGUCCUAGACAUGCUGAGUGUGCUGAUUAACGGAACUUUGGCAGCCGACAUGUCUAGUAUCUCUCAGGGCAGCAUGGAGGAGAACAAGAGGGCGUACAUGAAUCUGGUGAAAAAACUUCGGGUAAGGCUUCGUCUGUUUUUUUCGUGUGAAUGAUGAUUGAUAGACUGUCUCUGAUUUCCAUCAUUCCGUAUCUUGGCAGAAGGAGCUGGGUGAUCGUCAGUCGGAAAGUCUGGAGAAAGUGCGACAGCUGUUACCACUUCCUAAGCAGACCCGGGAUGUGAUCACAUGUGAGCCUCAGGGAUCUCUCAUUGAUACCAAAGGAAACAAAAUCGCUGGCUUUGAUUCUAUCUUCAAGAAGGAGGUGAGAAUAUUGAUUUAACUAUCUAAAUCACUUGUGGUUUGUUCUUUUCCAGUUCAGUCAUCUUAGACUUGUUAGCGGGGGAUAUUCACGGUUGUUUUCCCUCUCAUCUCAGUAGUAUUCCUUGACUUUUGUAUUUUUUUUUUUUUUAAUUAAUCUAGAGAGGCAUAGUUUCAUGUAUAAACCUGUUCCAAUUUGACAUUAUUCCUUAAUUAACAGGGUUUACAAGUCUCAACCAAGCAGAAGAUUUCCCCGUGGGAUCUCUUUGAGGGACUUAAGCAGUCAGCCCCCCUCUCUUGGGGAUGGUUUGGGACUGUGCGUGUAGACAGGCGCGUGUCUCGGUUGGAAGAGCAGCAACGUUUAUUACUGUACCACACCCACAUUAAACCCAAGCCACGUACCUACUACUUGGAGCCACUCGCACUCCCCCCUGAGGACGAGGAGCCUCCAACACCCACAAGUAUAGAACCUGACAAGAAGCUUGGGGAGCCCAUCAAGGUGGAUAAGAGUGGAGGGGCAAGCACUGGUGCCACCGAUGACAGAAAGAAACAAAAUAGGAAUAAAACUAAAAAGAGAGCCCAGGCAACAAGUAAAGGAGAGGUUUGUAUGUCGUUACAUACCUUUAUCAUAAAGAACUGAACCAGUUAGUGGUGCUUAUAUUUCAAUUAACCUUUAAUUGCAAUUGGUCACAAUAACUACACAAUGUUACUUUUCUGUCGGCACACACAUUCUCUGUAACCAUCCUUUUAUUUGCCUCACUUUAGGAUUACGGGCUGGGCGGGGGCCGUUCUGGGCCUUUAGGGAUUGGAAUACAAAAUGACCACUUGCAUGUCCAAGGGGCUGGGCAAGUGUCUCGUUUGAAUUAUGUUGCACAAAAUGUAGCAACACUUUUUGCCCAUAAUCAGCCACUUCCUCCUGGUGAGUAUUGCCUUACUCUCUAUUGCAUUAUGGUAAUAAUUUAUAGAAUUCCUCUUCUGAGUGUGUGUCACGGCUGCCUCUUACUACAUUCAUUACACCAUCUCCUUGUCCAAACAGGUGGCCCACGUGUAGAUAGUAGUGCCUAUAGACCCCCUAGGGUCUCUAUGGUGAAGGUGGCACAGACUCGACCUCAAUAUCCUGGGGUAAUGCCUUCCAAUGUAGGAAUGUACAGACCUCAGGCUCCAACUCCCCAGGGGCAGCUACUGAGACAGCAUCUACAGGCCAAGCUGGUAAGUGGGCCAAUUGUCAGUCUUGCACGAUGAUACGGGAAUGUGUAUAUGUAAAGGAAACGCAUUGGGCAUAAAAAUGUAGUUGUACAGAAAAUGAGUGACCGAUGUUUAAUUACUUCCCACUUAGCAAGGACAAGGAACUAUGCCCCAGCCUGGCCGGCAGAUGACACCAAAUCCUCCCUAUGGCCCCAUUCAGCCCACUCAGGUAUGUAAGAAGAGUAGAAAUGUCUCAUUUAGUAAACAUGUAGUUUUACAUCUGAUAUCGUAAGGUGAUGUGAAGUGGAACUUUCACUUUUUUUUUUUUCCAUCUUUGUAAACACUUCUGCUUGCUAUUUCAUAAAAUUCUAUUUAGCAAAACACAUAAAUUUAAUUUAGUUUACUGUCAAAACCUGUUAAUAUGCGUUGCUGUUUUAUUGCAUUUAGCCAUUGUGAGAUGGGAAUCAUGGGAUAUGCAAGUCGACGGUUAGGAAUGCCGUUGUGAUGUUAGAGUAAAGUUAUUUCCAUUUGUUUAGAGGAAAUAAAAAUUGAAUGGUGUGUAAAAUGAUGAUUAUAAAUUAUUUUUAUUUGUUUUAGAAAAUAAAAUGCUCUCAUCUAAAGUAUGACAUGUUCUUUAAGAUCAUAUUAAACGGUAAUACGGUGCAGGCUACACAUAACGUUAUUAAAGUCUACCUUCUCAUUCUGCUUUAGGGUUACACAUCUUACAGUCCUCAUCUAACCAUCCAGCAACAUCCCCCUCCUGCUCAACCCGGCACAUUGGUAUCUCCAGCUUAUGGCAAUCAGACUUACCCUGGAACGCUUACCACUUCUGGUGGUGCUCUCCUUGAUCCUAUGCGUCAAAUGCCCCAGAGGGGCUAUGUUCACCAACAAGCAGCUGGCUAUGGUUAUGCGCCUUCUGGAGGACCGAGGUAUUUCACAAAAUUACAUUUUCACUUUCCCAGUGAUGUUCACUGUCCUCAUUUAUUAAUUAAAUCUUGUUUGAAUGUUUGUGAUUUUUCACCAGAUUUACACACCAGCAGAUGCCACAGGCAGGAAUGAUGGCCGGAAUGGGUCACAUUGCUGCUCAAUCGGUAACAGGGGCAAUUCGGCCCAACCAAAUGCUACCAGAGCAGCAGCAGCAGUACUUAAGAAACCAAAUGAUACGGGUAAGUUAGGAAAAUACUGUUGGUUAUGAGAACUAAAUAUGGAUACUUCUCUCUAUAUAUAAUCUAUAGAUACUAUAUGUCAGGGCUUUAAAUGUCAAGUCUUACACUACUAGCCACGUCUGAAAAGUUACUUGCCACUGCAAGCCUUGGGAGCCCAUGUCCCACUCACCAAGGGUGAUUUUUACUCACUAGGGUCAUAUUUUCUUUCACCCUUCUGGCAGAUGCAGGCUUUUCCCUUUUUGUAAUAUUACCUUUUUUAACUGUGUAGCUGUGGGUGCAGCUGACAGAGGGGAACCUCGGGUAUUGAAAGAUACCUGGGAUUCCUUGGUAUUCCCUGCUGGUACCUACUGCAUGAGGGUCUAUGCCGUCACUGGGAGUUAAAGCCUGCACUGAAUGAUGGCAUAGACCGUGAUUAAGGUUAUGAUUCUUUUUUUUUUUGUCUGUGUUUGCACUAGUUUACUAAUUAAUUUUCUUGAUUCAGCAGCAGCAGCAGCAGCAACAACAACAACAACAGCAGCAACAGCAGCAGCAGCAGCAACAACAACAGCAGCAGCAGCAGCAACAACAGGCCCAGGCUCCACCACAACAACAGGCACAGCCACAACCACCUCCCCAGCAAGUCGCAUCUGUACCACAGUCUCAAGGGCAGCCACCUGGACUCGGAAUGCAGUCUUUGCCCCCUCAACAACCAAUGGUAAUUAGCAGCAUCCCUUUUGCCAGUAUAUGCAGGAGUUUUUCAGAGUUGACCAUUCAUUUUUUUUUUUUUCUGACCUCUUUUCCCAGUUUCCGAGAACGGGAUUGCAGCAGACUCAGCAGCAGCAACAGACUGCAGCACUAGUUCGGCAACUACAACAACAACUAUCCAGUGAGUAACGUAACAAGUAUACUCGUAUUUCCAGAACUGCUGAUAUUUCUUAGCCAUUCUCUGCUGUCCUGUAUAAGGUGUCUGCUAGUAGCUAAACGAACACUGCAGAUUUUUGUAAGACUACAUUUCCUGUGAUAUUUGGCUCAGAUAGAAUGGCAAUGUAUUUUCAUCAAUAUCUGCAGUGCGAAGGUUAGUCAUUGCUGGUCAAUGUGAACAUCGAACUCUCCAGAAACGACAAUAUAACAAACUCUCUGUUUUACUCUCCGUAUUCCAACAGAUACACAGCCACAGCAAACGUCUAAUCCAUUUGUACGCUACUGACUUAAAGACGGUGGAAUCAGUGUUUUGCGUGAACCCUAUGGGUAAAAAGCCUGUUCUGGGUCGAUCCGAGUUCUGAGAGAGAAGAAAAUACCACAGAAGUUGUUUGUUUCUUCUUCUUCGUCAGACAGACAGUGUUUGGAAACGUUGUUGUAUGAGCUCCUGAUAGAGGAACAUUGUAGCCAGAUUUCAUGGCUAAUGCAAAAAAAAAAUAAAAAAAAAAUAUAUAUAUAUAUAUAUAUAUAGAAUGGAUACUGGAGCUCGGUAUCUAAUGUACAACAAUGUUAAACCAAUGUGGGAGCCAGGGGUGGCUUCGGAACCCUGUGAAUUCUGGGUGGGGAGGUGCCCAUGUGUCUUGUGGACCUUUUUACCUUUUAAAAAAAGUUUACUAUUUUAUUAACCUGGCUAUUAAAUUUCAUUUUCUAAGGUAUUUAUAUGACCACGUAGUCUCCUCUGCUGUUCGGAUACCACUAAGAACUAAACAUCUGGCUCUGCCCCAGGCAUGAGGAUAGAGGCAGAAAGUAUUUAUGAGAACCGGGCCUCGUGUGUAAUAUGUACAGUGUUUUGGAUAAAAAUUGUCUCUUGCCAAUGGUGCCUACUUCAAACAGGGCCUGCUGCACUUGUUGUACUGAGAGAACCCUUUACUGUACCCCAUGCUACUGCUCUUUCUAUGUGCUGCGACUGCUGGCCUAUGCUCACUCUCAUUCAGCCGUCCCUGUGAUUCUCUGCACUGGAAUGGGGGAAACUUGCAUAUAAAAAUGGGUAAAACGUUGAUCGUUCAAAACCUGCUAGUAGUCUCCUCUUAUACUGUUGGAAGACUAGACUUGGGAUUUAUUCACAAAACACUGAAUUGUAGUGAUUGAAAAACAAGCUGCAUAAUUUUAGCAAAAAUAAUUGGGUUCGGACAUUUCAUUUACGGUCGCAGCUUGACUAUUUUAGCCUGAAUUUUGAAAUCUCAGUUUUUAGUGGUCCACAAUACAGUUAGCUGAAUGAAACCCAGGUGCAACUAUUUUUUUGUGCAUUGUUUCAAGUUUUGGAUUGUAACUUUAAAACACACAUGAAAACCCUAUCUCCACCCUAUACGUCAUUUUGAAACCCAUGUCUGUAGUGCUAUUACUUCCGGCACCCAGUUUUUAAAACCCACGUGUAGUUGCACUAACUUCACCCAACACACAGUUUCAAAUACUUUCUCCAACCCACCAUCCGUAAACCAUGAGGCAGCUUUACCUUCAGGAAGGUAUAAUCUGUACAGUAAGCCGUCAAAGGUACCUGAAGAUCGUGUCUUCCAUUCCUAACGUGGUGCCCUAGACGUGAUGUGGCAUGCAGCGGUUGAUGCAUGCCACAUAUAAUGUCUAGUGCUAAGGGUUAUGAGAGGCAACUGUCAAGUGGGGGCUGGGUCAGCUGCAAUCCUGGCACAAUUAGAUGUAGUCUUUACUGCUAUGCUGAUGAUAUAGUAGUACAUUCCGGUAAAGUCACAUGUAUAAAAUUAGCUGAUACCAAAACAUUGUAGAUGUGACUGGAUAAUUUUUCUUAAACCUAUGUUAAGUUUGAGAUAAAUGUAUAACUUGAAAAGUAAAGAGAUCUUGUCAUUUGAUGUACACCAAGAGGAGGUGUGCAGUGGGGUGGAGGAUAGUCCAGACUGAAGCUAUACGUCAACAUACCGUGCCCCACUUUAUUUCCUUCUCACAUUCACUGAAUCACACACGGACCUGCAGCAAAUACCAUGUUACAUGUCAGAGAUUGUGUGUGACGAUCUACUGUGCCUAAAUCUACAGCACUUCCUUUAUGUUUGUGCACAUCAUGAGAGUGGCCUUCUCAGCUUUACCACCACCUUCUAACAUUUUUUUUUCUGUGACCACAGUCUACUCUCCUUUCCAGUUCUCUGCUGUAUAUUGUGUUGUGGGUUCGAAUUCAUGCUUGUUUUGACAUCGGACAUUCGGUGUCCCAUUGGCAAUAGCUUAGAGGUAUUAUGGAGGGUGCUGAUUGACCUGUAACUGUGGUUAAGACACAGACAAUUUAGAAAGAAGCAUUUGUCGCCCAAUCCAGUAUGUAGCACACCAGCAUCAUGUGAUUAAUUCUCAGGGUACCUGUGUCCUUGACGAAAAGAAAAACCCUCUUUAUAAAUGUAUUAUAUAUAUGUAUGAUAUGCAUAAUGCACCUCCCUUGUUUAUGAGGAGGGGAAUUGACAGACUCCUUCACUGCUACGGUGAGUGGAAGAGGCAGCAUGAUACAAUUUGUUUUCUGUUAAUUUUGGCAUUAAUUAUCAAAUUUUCCCCUUGUUUUUGUUUGAGAAACUGUGAGUUUUCUAUGUAUGUCAACAUUAAUGUGCGGUAAUUGUGUCAAGAAUGCUUUCUGCUUCCUCUGAAAAUUUUUGUUUAAAUGUUUUGUGACCAACCAUGCCAUUCUCAUCAUCCUGGCAAACAAGGAAAUUCUGUCUUACAGAUUGCAAGUUCCAUGUGUAUUAUUUUAAUUUUUUUUUCAUCUGUGUCACUUUGACUGUUUCU